CUUUUUUCUCUUGCUCUCUCCGCCUCUCAUUUUCUCUGUUUUUCUCGCCGCUCUCUCGCAUCGCUCAUUCGCCGCAUUGGCUCGACUGCCCAACUGCUUGAAUGCUCGAUUUUAUACCGGCGCUCAGACUCAGUUCCCGUUGAACAUUCGACGCAAACGGUUCGCUGCGUUUGGGCCUGACCUUAGUACUCCCCGAUUCGAUUCGAUCCGAUAUUCUUGGGCUGUGUGUUUGCUCCAUUCGCGAUUCUCGAGUUCCAAGUAGCCCAAAAGCCAUGUGAAGUGCAGGCCUACGAUCUAUUUUUAAUUAUGAUUGUUCCAAGAACUGUGCUCUAAUUACGCAAAUUGCAAGUGAAAUCCGUUGGCAAAUAAAUUCUGCGAGUGCCGGAACCUAAAUAGGGACCUAAUCGAGACCAAAAAUGGGCUUCUCAUCGGCUCUGCAAAGUCGAGCCGCCCACGAGGCGCUAAUUGUCCGCCAGGAUGCCGAACUGCGGCUCAUGGAGACCAUGAAGCGAUCCAUCCAGAUGAAGGCCAAGUGCGACAAGGAAUACGCAAUCGGCCUAACAGCCGUCGCCCAGCAGGGUCUGAAAAUCGAUCGGGCUGACGAAAUGCAAGGCAGCCUGAUCACCAAGUCAUGGCGUUCCUACUUGGAUGAGCUGGACCAGCAGGCCAAACAGUUCAAGUUCAACGCCGAGCAGCUGGAGGUCGUCUGCGAUAAGUUGACCCAUCUUUCACAGGAUAAGCGAAAGGCCCGAAAGGCCUACCAGGAGGAGCACGCUAAGAUCGCAGCUCGCCUGAAUCAUCUUACCGACGAGGUGGUGCGCAAGAAAACCGAAUACCAAAAACAUUUGGAAGGCUACAAAGCGCUGCGCACGCGUUUCGAGGAGCACUACAUUAAAGCCCCCAGUCGCAGUGGCCGCAAGCUGGACGAUGUGCGCGACAAGUACCAGAAGGCAUGCCGCAAGCUGCAUCUCACACACAACGAGUACGUGCUGUCCAUCACGGAGGCCAUCGAGGUGGAGAAGGACUUUCGCACGGUGCUGCUCCCUGGAUUGCUGGAGCAUCAACAGUCCGUCCAGGAGAGCUUCAUCCUGCUGUGGCGCAACAUCCUGCAGGAGGCGGCGCAGUAUGGCGAUCUCACGGCCGACAAGUACAGGGAGAUACAGAAACGCAUCGACACUGUGAUAGGCGGCAUCAAUCCGUCCGAGGAGUAUGGCGAAUUCACCGAAAAACACAAAACAUCCCCCACAACCCCGCAUCUUUUCCAAUUCGAUGAGACGCUCAUCGAGGACAUACCCGGCAAACUACAGUCAAGCACCCUGACGGUGGACAACCUCACGGUGGACUGGCUGAGAAAUCGCCUCCAGGAACUGGAAGGCGCGGUCAAGGAGUGCCAGGAGAAGCAGCUAAAGAUGAUCGAGCACGUGAAUGGUGGCUCCCCGGUGGCCAAUGGCAGCAUCAUAUCCAACGGCAGCAACACCUCCAACGGCAUUCAGUCCAACAAGGAUAGCCUAUGUCGGCAGUCGAAGGACCUGAACGCAUUGCGUUGCCAAGAGAAGCAAAAGCAGAAGCUGGUGGACAUGAUCAAGUGCGCUCUGAACGAGGUGGGAUGCGAGGAGCUGCCCUCCGGAUGCGACGACCACUUGACCCUUGAGCAGAACUUCAUCGAGAACGGCUACAACAAUGAGCAGCAGAGGUCCAACUCCACGAGUUCACCAGGUCUGGGCAUUAUGAACGAGCUGAUGCGACGCGGCGGGGUUUUGACCCUUUUGCGUGGCCGGGGACGUCAUAUCAAGCGAAAGAGUACCCCACAGCCGGCAACACCUAUGACAAGGUUACGUCAAGGACGCUUCAACAAGCUGCAGCCACGAUCCCAAAGCCUGGGAUCCUUGUCGGUAAUUGGGAACGGGCUGGGGCUGGGGAAUGGGCAAAGCCCUGCUGCACGUUAUGAGCCCAUCACUACUAACCAUCGUUCGGCCAGUGUUCACUAUUUGGGCGAGCAGAUCCCGCUGAGUUCUGUUAGCCCGCCUGAAUUGCCACGUUUGCGACGCACCCAGUGUUCCAUGUUGUGUUUGGGUGAGGAUUUGGCCCUACCUGUGCUUGCCUCGCCCGCUCCACUCACCCAGCUAACCGCUGCUGUCCUUACUAACACCAAUAACAAUCAUAUCUAUGCGGACUUGGAACUGGACAGGAAAACAGAAGCCUCACCAAGUCCAGAAGGCCAUGAAGAGAAGGAGAAACAGGAGGAGCAGGAGGAGCACAUACAAAUUGAAAUAAACCAGGCCGGACCGCAAAACUCCAUAGAUGCUCAUCUGGACAGGAUUGAUGAACUGAAUCGAGUUCUAGAUGAUCGCCUGAAGCGCAGUCUGCAGCCCAGUGAUGAUCUGAAUGCCAUCGAAAGUGCCGAAGAGGAGGUGCACAAACAAACCAGAAAGCAAACACAAGAUGCGGAUAGCCAAACCAAGCGCAGUUCCAGCUCCAGUUCGGAGUGUCGAUCCACCAAGGAUCAUCGUUCCAAAAAGAGAUCGCUUUCGUUUACCCAGAAAUCCAUAAGCAGCAUCUUUAGCAACCUCAAGGAGUUCUCCAAAAGUCCACUCGUGCGAAUGGCCAAGAAUCAAUCGCUCAAUGAGGAGACCCAAACGAACAGUGAUUGCCCCACAAACAGUAGCAGUUCCAGCAGUAACAACAAUAACAAUAAUAAUAGUAAUAGCAAUAGCAAUAGCAAUAGCAAUCACAGUGCCUCCUCGCAGUCGACGAUUAUAACGAGCACGAUUACAACGACCAUAACGACCACGACGAGUUCGACGACGCCGUCCAAGGAAACCUCAAGACUGAAAUUCAAGGUGCCCAAGAUCCAGAAGAAAUCGAAGGCCAUACGAAACACAUUCCGCUCCAAGCUGCUCAAUUUCCAGCUGAAACGUUCGUCCAAGCCGUGCAAACAGUGCACCAAAAGGCGGCGCAUCCAUCCCAGCAAGAGUGUCUUUGAUUUUGCCCGCGAAUUCGAGGUGGAUCAAUCACAACCAGCUGGAUCGGAUGAGCAAUUCUGCAAUUGCCCUCCGGUGGCCCCGAAAACCGUAAAGCCAUCCGUCCAAAUAUCCGGCCACAAGGAUCUGGCCUUCGAGUCCACUUCCGGGGAGCUGGAGGAGCACCAGGACCACGACGAUGACGACGAGGACAGUGACGAUGUGCUCAGCAUGAAGGAUCACUGCUACUGUGUGCCCAGCCUGGCGGCCAGUAUAUCGCUCUCCACGAAUCGUCCGCUUUACGAGGAGGAAUGGUUCCAUGGCGUUUUGCCGCGUGAAGAGGUGGUGCGACUGCUGAACAACGACGGUGACUUCCUGGUCCGAGAAACGAUUCGAAACGAGGAGAGCCAGAUCGUGCUGAGUGUCUGCUGGAAUGGCCACAAGCACUUCAUUGUCCAGACCACCGGCGAGGGUAACUUCCGGUUCGAGGGACCUCCGUUUGCCAGCAUCCAGGAACUGAUAAUGCACCAAUAUCACUCCGAGCUGCCGGUGACCGUCAAAUCCGGAGCCAUACUCCGGCGACCUGUUUGCCGCGAACGCUGGGAGCUGAGCAACGACGAUGUGGUGCUCCUGGAGCGGAUUGGCAGGGGAAACUUUGGAGACGUUUACAAGGCCAAACUGAAGUCCACCAAACUGGAUGUGGCCGUGAAGACCUGCCGCAUGACCCUGCCCGACGAACAGAAGCGUAAAUUCCUGCAGGAAGGUCGCAUUCUUAAGCAAUACGAUCAUCCCAAUAUCGUCAAACUAAUAGGCAUUUGUGUGCAGAAGCAGCCCAUAAUGAUUGUCAUGGAAUUGGUGCUGGGAGGCUCCCUGCUCACGUAUUUGCGAAAGAACUCCAAUGGUCUCUCCAAUCGCCAACAAAUGGGAAUGUGCAGGGAUGCGGCGGCAGGCAUGCGAUAUCUGGAAUCGAAGAACUGCAUUCAUCGCGAUCUGGCGGCUCGUAAUUGUCUCGUUGACCUGGAGCACAGUGUAAAGAUUUCCGACUUUGGAAUGUCACGCGAGGAGGAAGAGUAUAUAGUUUCCGAUGGCAUGAAGCAAAUCCCUGUGAAGUGGACAGCUCCCGAGGCCCUCAAUUUCGGAAAGUAUACCUCACUGUGCGAUGUGUGGUCCUAUGGCAUUCUGAUGUGGGAGAUCUUCUCCAAGGGCGACACACCCUAUUCGGGCAUGAGCAAUUCAAGGGCCAGAGAGCGGAUCGAUACGGGAUAUCGCAUGCCAACGCCAGAGAACACGCCAGCGGAAAUGUAUCGACUGAUGCUCAAGUGCUGGGCCGCCGAUGCCGAGUCCCGGCCGCAUUUCGAUGAGAUCUACAAUGUGGUCGACGCCCUCAUCCUGCGCCUGGACAACAGCCACUGAAAGCGGCUCCGUCCGCUUGGAACACUUAGCAUACUCAACGUAGAUUUAGUCAGCGCUUUUAAAGUCUUAACAACGAGAUGCCUGUAUUUAUGAGAUAGCGAAUACUAUACGUUUUAGCACAUAAGCGAUAUUUAUAUAGAGACAUAUAUAUUUUCUAGCCAUGUAAAUGUAAAUUUCGAUAUAUACUGUACUGUGUGUUUGUUCGACUGAGCGUGUUUAAUGAAUCCUUAAUGUGCCAAAAACCGCAAAAAGAUCUUAAAACAAAUUAAAGAAUACAAAAAGAAAAUUGAUAUUGUGUGUCUGCUUCGUAGCCUAAGCUCAUGAAUUUAUAUACUUAGUUGUUUGUGUUUUAGUUCUUAGUUCUCUGCAGAAAAUCAUAAUUUGUAAAUUAUGCAAACUCUACGUUGGUCAAUUUGUUUCUAGGCUUUGUAUUUUAUGUAUAUUUAUUUACACCUAGUUUACAUUUAUACUUCGACUACGAUUAUGUUUACACUUAUAUACAACUAAGCUCUAAGUUAAAGCUUUAAGUUUUGCUGCGCUGCUGAAGUGAAUAAAUCAUAUGUGUACUAUAUACAA